AUGGAACAUAUCAGUUCAAACAGCAGAAGCAGCAGGCAGCUUACAGAGCCAAUUCACUCAGCAUUUCCCGAUUUUGGUACAAAAAAAGAUUUCGGAAUUCUUGAAGAAUCAAUUUUUAGGUUUAAAUCCUCCACAUAUCGCGGCGUGCAAAAGAUCAAGGAUAAAGAGACAUAUGUAGCUCAUGUUUAUGACAAUGGUCAUUUACCAAAGACCGGGAGAACAAUUUAUCUUGGUAGAUUUGAUCAGGAAGAAAAUGCGGCGAGGGCUCAUGACUUGGUUUCUUUGAAGUUCUGGGGAACCUCUGCGCAGACUAAUUUCCCGAUAAUUGAUUAUGAGAAGGCACUGGAGGCUAUGGAAAACCUAACAGACCAAGAUGUUGUUGUUGCUGUUCGAAGGUCUAGCAGCAGCUUUUCGAGAGGGAAAUCCAAGUACCGCGGUGUUGUAAGAAGCAAGAGCGAAGAGGAAGCGGCGAUAGCUUUUGACAUUGCGAGCAUUAAGUUGAAGGGCUUCAAGGCCAUCACAAACUUUGACUUAAAUAGCUACAAUGUCAAGGCCAUCCUGCAAGGCGAAACAGAGCAAAAGGACAAAGAAACAGAGAAGAUGGUGAAUCUGACAGCGAAAUUCGCGGCCUCAAACAUCACGAGGAGACAAGAGAGUUCUGGUAUUGGAAACAGGAAGAAGAAGAGAAGCCUGAGCUUCCAUAACUUCAUCGACAAACAAACAGAAACAGGUUUCUCAGGAAAUGCAAACACAUUAAGCGAAACACCGGUUAUUUCAUCAGCAGGGUCGGGAUCACAACAUGGGGCUCUUGUCCCGUUUCUCUCAGAAAUAGCAUCAUUGGAACUGGAAUUUCCAAGAGAACAUAAUGGAAGUCUCGCCAUGGGUUUCCAGCACUCAAAUUCUAGUGCAUUUCAAUCAUACAAGCAAAUGGAGCCCCGCCAGACGUCGAUCUUGCAAGAGGCGGAUACUCUCCUGCCGGAGUUUGAACUUUGGAGCUCCAAUCUCUAUCCACCAUACAUGUCUCAACUGUUUAAAGAACAAGAGCUGAAAGGUCUUGGGUCAGGGUUUCAGCAUGCAAGCUCAAGUUGCUUCAAACCCUUUAGGCAAACAUCUUGA